CCUGGGCGGAGAGCGCUACAGCUAUGGCGGCCGUUAGCAUGGGAAAGCUGACAACCAUGCCAGCAGCUCUAAUAUGUGCAUCUAUAAGUGUGCAUGCGGCCAAAGAAGAGGAGUCCAGAAAGCAUCUAGUGAAACCAGAGCAGCUCCCCGUAUAUACUGCACCACCUCUCCAGUCUAAAUAUGUUGAUGAGCAGCCUGGUCAUUUACAAAUGGGCUUUGCGUCCAUUCGCACUGCAACUGGUCGUUAUAUUGGCUGGUGCAAGGGUGUUUAUGUCUUCGUGAAAUAUGGGAUAAUGGAUACAGUACAAUUUGGAAAAGAUGCAUAUAUCUAUUUGAAGAAUCCACCUCGAGAUUUUCUUCCGAAAAUUGGAGUGAUUACAGUUUCAGGAUUGGCAGGCUUCAUUUCAGCAAGAAAAGGUUCUAGGUUUAAGAGAAUUGCUUAUCCACUGGGACUGGCCACUUUAGGAGCAACUGUUUGCUACCCUGUUCAAUCAGUAAUAAUUGCAAAGGUAACUGGGAAAAAGGCAUAUGCUACAAGCCAGCAAAUUUAUGAAGCAGUUAAAUCAUUGUGGACAAAAAACAACAAAAAAGAGUCACUUCCUGAACCUAAAGAAAAAACUAAGCUAGGAAGCUCUGAUGAAAUAGAAAUACCUGCAAAAACAACUCACAACCUGAAACAUUCAGUGCCUUUGUCAGCAGAACUCAGCUCUGAAACAAAGACCAAAUCAGAAUCCACCUCAGGUGCUACACAGUUUAUGCCUGACCCCAAGCUCAUGGAUCACGGGCAGUCCCAUCCAGAAGAUGUAGAUAUGUACAGCACUAGAAGCUGAAAUAGUCUGCAUAGAGAACUACAAGAUGUGUGAAGUUGCGAAUAA